AUGAGCCCGUUUCAUUCACACGAUGUGGCCUCAUUCCCAGACGACCCCUUAGAAAUAUUCGAAGCACCAAAAACGAGGAGGAGACAAGGGCUGGCGAACAUCCUGCGAGUGGAUCACUACUCUCCGUAUGCAGAAGUGCCGGAAAAAGCGGAAGAACUGACGCUCUUCGUCGGGUUCGUGAGCUAUGUCGCGGAACGGUAUCUGCACGGCUGCGCCUCGGUGGUGCUGUACGACGAUCACUACGAGACGACGAGGGAGCUCCUCCUGAGGUCACUGCUGAGCCGGUACCCGCUGCCCCGCACCCACGGCAAGGCGUCGACGGCGCGGGCGUCCCGGGCUCAGCCCGGCGGCGGCGCGUGCCGGCACUAUGUGCUCCUGCUGCGCGACCUGGCGCUGGCACAGGCGGUGGGCAACCAGAGCGUGGGCCGCGUGGUCGUGGUGACAGAGGCGUCUCCCACGGAGGUUCAGCGGUUCCUGGCCGCGGGACCAUCGCACGGGGUGGUAAAUCUGCUUGUCGUUACGGCGGGUGAUCGCAGAAACAAGGAGCCGGUGCUGGUGCUGCACACGCACGAGCCAUUCGCGGGCGACGGGCGAGCAGGCAGGCUGCUCACGUCGUGGCGUCGCUGUGGCCUCACAAGGGACGUCGACUUGUUCCCGGACAAGUUCCGCCACGGCUUGGGCGGACGGCGUCUCGUGGCAGCCGUCAGCGAACAACCUCACUACGUAAUACUGCGGAGCAGCCAGGCUAGUGGCGUGGUACGGGAACUGGUGGCCCACCGGGCUCACGUAGGCCUGGCAGGCCUCUACGUCUCCCCCUACUCCCUGGGGCAGAUGACACUGUCCGUGGGACACUCCAUCGACUGCGCAUCCUUCAUCACUAGGACGUCCACAGCGCUGCCUAGGUACCGUGCCAUAAUGGGCCCAUUCCACUGGUCAGUUUGGCUGGCGCUAACACUGACGUACCUGCUCGCUAUCUUCCCGGUCGCAUUCUCUCACCAGCACUCGCUCAGUGACCUGCUCAAGAACCCCUGGCAAAUGGAGAACAUGUUCUGGUACGUGUUCGGCACAUUCACUAACUGCUUCACCUUCACUGGCAAGCAGUCCUGGACAUCGACUGACAAGAAUGCUACCAGAAUGUUCAUAGCGAAGUCGGGCCUGGUUCUGCUGCAUGUCAUGCAUUCAUGCCUGGUGAUGCUCUUCCUGUUCUGUAGGGACACCAGCAAGCGAGCAUUCCUGCACAUCGCGGAGGAAUGCUUCGUGCCGUUCCACGUGGCGCUGGGGUUCCCGCGCGGCACCCCGCACAGCGACGCCAUGAACCGGGUUCUGCUGCGUGCUCUGCAGUCGGGCCUGGUGCUCAAGCUGAGGACGGAGGUGGACUGGGAGCUGCAGCGCAGCUCCACGGGCCAUUACUUGCAGGCAGGGUUCUAG